CAUUAUUAUACAGUUCUCAGUAUCCACUAUUUAAGCUGAGAGAAGGAAGCGCAGAGAACUGCAUGAUUUAAUUUAGUCAUCGUUGCUGAUUUAUACAGUGUGACUGUUUGAGAGGCUGAAAAAUGACCUUGUGCUGUAGCAGAAGAUCUAAGGACAUGCUGUUUCUCCUUAUCAUCCUGUCUUUCUGGGGUCCAGCUGUAUUUACUUCAGCCCAGAAUUUACCUUUAUUCAGCACCCCACGGAAAACAGUUCCCCUAAGCAGAAAUGGAGGAUACAUUUUUCAGGAGGAAGGAGUGUGGAACUACUCCACCAUGCUCCUCAUGGAAGACAUGGGUGUGCUCAUCCUCGGGGCUCGAGAGACCAUCUUUGCCCUGGACCUCGCCAACAUUACCCACAAGAAGGAUAUGGUAAAGUGGGAGGUGACUCCAGAUAUGCGGGAAUCUUGUUCACAGAAAGGGAGAGUUUUUCAGAUUGACUGUUGGAACUACAUCCGGAUCCUUCAUAAGUGGACAGAUGGAAUGAUGUAUGUGUGCGGUACCAAUGCUUUCAGUCCAGCCUGUACAAAUAUGUCUUAUACAGGAGGCAAGCUCAAUCUGAAAAAUGAAACACAUGAUGGGAAGGGAAGGUGUCCAUAUGAUCCCUUCCAGAGAUAUGCCUCUGAACUUAUUGAUGAUGAGCUGUACUCUGCUACAUCUAUAAAUUUUCUGGGCACAGACAUGGCUAUGACACAACAUUCUGUUAAAAUACGAACUGAUCCCUAUUCCUGGCUCAUUGAUCCCACAUUUAUUGGCCUAAAGCAUGUGACUAAAGGAAUGGAAAAUCCAGAGGGGGAUGAUGAUGAGAUUUACCUCUUCUUUAGUGAAACAGCUGUGGAGUAUGACUCCUAUGUUAAGUUGGAUGUGUCAAGGGUUGCCCAUGUCUGUAAGGGGGAUGUGGGGGGACUGCGGACAUUGCAAAAGAGGUGGACAUCAUUCCUAAAAGCUCAACUGGAUUGUCCUGUCCUUCACAGCAAAGUGCCUUUAAUUAUAAAAGAUGUAUUCCUCUUCUGCCCAGGCAACUGGACUACCUGUGUGUUCUACGGAGUCUUUACUCCUCAGACGGACAUGUUGCAGUACUCUGCAUUGUGCACCUACAGGAUACAUGACAUCCAGAAAUUGUUCUCUGAAGGCAAAUUUAAAACUUUGUUCAAUAACGAUGACUUUUCAAAAUAUGUGACGUACAACAGAGAGGUGCCUGAUCCCCGUCCCGGAGCUUGUAUUAACAACGAUGCAAGGCAGAAAGGGUUUUUCAAGUCCUCUGAUCUGCCUGAUAAAACCCUUAUGUUUAUCAAAAACAAUAAUCUAAUGGAUCAGGCAGUGAAGCCAGCUUCUGAGCAGCCCCUACUUUUGAAGAAAGGAGCUGCAUUCACAAGUAUAGUAGUGGCCAACACUACUGCUUUGGAUGGGACCAGCCAUCAGGUCAUUUUUAUUGGCACAGCAAGCGGUUCAGUGCUGAAAGCAGUCAACUAUGAUGGGGAGAUGGUCAUAAUAGAGGAGGUGCAGCUCUUUAACCAUAAUGACCCAGUGAAGAUACUGCGCCAUUCCACCACCAUGGGCCUGCUGUAUGCUGGUUCAGAGGAGGCUGCGGCACAGAUGCCGUUUUAUGCAUGUAGCAAGUACACCUCCUGUACUGACUGUGUGCUGGCCAGAGACCCCUACUGUGGCUGGGACCUUGUCUCUAAAAGCUGCAUUGCUAUAAGCAGCAUUCAUGCUGCUAAACACAGUAAAGUGGUUCAAAGUCUGAAAGAUGGAAAUGCUACACGUUGUCCUGCAGUUGAGAGCACUAAGAUCAUUAAGAUCUACCCGGGUCAAAUGGUCAGUCUGCCAUGCCAGCUGGGAUCAAACCUGGCCAGAGUGCAGUGGCGUGUAAAUGAUCAACCAAUUGAAAAUGACAAAAAGUACAACUUCCAACAUGGCAGCUUGCUCAUCCUCAAUGUCUCAGACACUGACAGCAGUAACUACACCUGCAUCUCUGUAGAGUCCUCCAAUGGUCAAGACUACGUCAUCCAAACUACUACGUAUGAGCUGGAGCUGGGAAAGAUGAAGGAAAAGCUGAAUAGUCUCUUUGCCCUGGUCAUAAUAUUUACACUAAUAUUGCUGGCCCUUGUUAUGUGGAACUUAUACAAAGGGCAUUUUGCUGUCCCUAAAUGCUUCGCUAGAGCUCAAGAUAGGCUGGAGAAUAUGUCCAUAUGUACCUUUUUUAGAUGCAGUUCCCCCUCCGCCUCACCAGAGGGAUCCAUCACCAGAGAUUGAACACUUUCAGAGCAACAUUCUCUUUCAGCCCUCAGAGAUUCUGGAUCCAGCCAAGCCUCCCAUCGAACCAUGCACCCAUAAGGAUCACCUCAGUGGAAAAUAGCCUUAUCGGUGGCAGCUAAAUCACACAUUAUACCACCUCUAUUUCUCUUCGAGUGGAACUGUUUCAUUUGGAGGAGCUCAUUUUAUUCGUUAUAUCCUCUCCAGCCAACAAUGUAAUGCUUGGAUUUCAGGGCUCCAAAAGCAUAAAACUCUGAUUUCUUUGGUCCCAUAAGGAAUUACUUACAGUAGUCAGUAGUAGCAUGUCGUACUCUGUGUGUAUGUGUAUGUGAAAAAUAAAAUUUUAUUUUAUUUCA